AGGAGAGGAAACUGGACUGCCCGGAGAAACCUCAGACGACCAGUCCAUACUGAGAAUGUCCUGAGACGAGAUCUGAACCGAGGUCUCUCACUGUAUCGAAGUGACUAGUCGAGAGACCGACGUCCCUAUUCAAGUCUUCCAUUGUCGUGGACUUACGUCCCCUUGUCAAGAUGGCUAACCGUGCUGUGCAACAAGGGCUAAAGCAAGUAAAACCAAUCUUGUCAUCAGACAGGACCCAAGCGAAACGACGUGUUUUAAAUUUGUAUAAGGCAUGGUAUAGACACAUCCCUUAUGUUGUCAAAGAUUUUGAUGUUCCCAUCAGCAUCAAGCAGGGUCGUGAGAAGCUGAGAGAGCUGUUUUUAAAAAACAGGCAUGUUACAGAUAUCCGCACCAUUGAUCUUCUUGUUGUCAAGGGGCAAAUGGAUCUUGUGGAGACAACACAAAUUUGGAAGCAGCGUCCACACAUCAUGAUGUACUUUAAGGACACAGUUAAUCAGCGACCAUCAGACUUUCUUGGAAAAUUUUUUGAUGGCCAUGAUCCAUAAAUAUCAAUGUUAGAUAACAGGUUACUGUUUGUAAGGUCUGAAAAAUAGUUUGCAUAAAAACUACGUCCUUCCAUCUUGUGAAGAGCUUCAAUCAUAUCUAGGAGUGAUAAAGUGUGGCUUGGACUUGCAGUUUUCUUGUAAAGUUUAGUAAUAGCAUCAAAUUAAUAUCACUUCAGAACUUAUGUUUUAAGAUUUUUGAGUAGAAUAUCUUUUAAGAAAACUGAUGCUCUUGCUCAUCUCGCAGAAUAUUGUUUCCAGAAAGAAAAAAAAACCCACCUCCAGCUGUCAAAA